AUGGAAAAUCAGAACAAUGUCACAGAAUUUGUUCUCUUGGGACUUUUCAUGAAUGAGGAGGUUAAGGUGAUAUGUUUUGUAAUCUUCUUGUUAUGUUAUUUUGCCAUCUUCUUUGGUAAUAUUAUUAUCUUUAUCACUAUCACAUGCAGUCAUUUGAUCCAACAGCCUAUGUACUAUUUUCUUUGUCAUCUGUCCUACAUGGAUCUCGCCUAUACUUCCACUGUGGUUCCCCGGUUGAUCAGAGACUUAAUUGCCAAACAAAAAUAUAUCUCCUAUAAUUACUGCAUGACACAGCUCUUUACUGCUCAUUUUCUUUCAGGUAUAGAAGUGUUCAUUCUGGUGUCUAUGGCCUUUGAUCGUUAUGUUGCCAUUUGUAAACCAUUGCAUUACAUGAUAAUUGUGAACCGACAAAGAUGUAACAUAAUGAUCUUGAUGGCUUGGGUGGUUGCCUUUUGGCAUGCUAUUUCCCAGAUGCUUAUGGUCAUUAGAUUGCCUUUCUGUGGUCCUAAUCAAGUGGAUCAUUAUAUAUGUGAUGUGAAAGCCCUGUUAAAACUCGUCUGCACUGACACACGCAUCCCUAAUAUCUUAGUCAUUGCAAAUACUGGGAUGCUUGUGUUGGCUACUUUUCUGGUCUUGGUAGCAUCUUACAUAGUCAUAUUAUAUAACCUUAGGAACCAUUCAUCAGAAGCUCGACGUAAAGCCCUCUCAACCUGUGCUUCCCAUGUCAUGGUUGUUGUCCUGUUCUUUGUACCCUGUAUAGCCACCUAUAUUCCACCUCCCAGUGCCAGCCAAAAUGAUAAGGAGUUUUCAAUGUUUUACACAGUUAUUGCACCUAUGAUGAACCCUCUCAUCUACACACUGAAAAAUACAGAGAUGAAGAAUGCUAUGAAGAAGGUGUGGUCCAAAAAAAUGUUUUUGAAAUUCAAAUAA